UGAACCCUGGAAAGGGCAGGUGAAAGCGAAAGACAAUAUAAACACAAACUCUCUCCCUUUGUGUUGUGUCCCGCCGAAGUCUCAAAAGGUCACUUUCCACUCUCCAAUAUAACUCCUUCCCCUCACUUCUUUCUCUUUCACUUCAUCAACAAACCGUUUUAAAAUGUCGGUUGUGAAUAUGUCGACCAUGACUCUUCCAACAGCUUCAUUGUACGGAAAAGCGCCCUCUCGUGCAUCUUGUGCUCUUAUAAAGAGUCCAUCAACUUUGAGAUCUGUGAAGAAUGUGUCCAAAUCAUUUGGACUAAAAUCUUCCUCAUUUAGAGUAUCUGCAAUGGCAAAAUACAAAGUGACACUGAUUGGACCAGAUGGUAAAGAAAACGUCUUUGAUGCCCCCGACGACGCUUACAUUCUGGAUUCAGCUGAGGAGGCUGGAGUGGAGCUACCUUACUCAUGCAGAGCUGGUGCAUGCUCUACUUGUGCUGGCCAAUUGGUUUCGGGUUCGGUGGAUCAAUCUGAUCAGUCUUUUCUCGAUGACCAGCAAAUCGAGAAGGGUUAUCUUCUCACAUGUGUUUCGUACCCGAAAUCAGACACUGUGAUUCACACUCACAAGGAGGAAGCACUCUACUAAGUGAUUUUCGCAUUUUAUUAGUUUUUCUAUGCUUGCUUUGGUUAUGUGUCAAGUAGCUGGUUAUUGUGAAACUUUGUUGGUGUUUGUGUAACUUAUUGAAUCAUUUUAGGAAAUAAGGAAAGGAAACAAGCCAUAGGACAUAAGUUUGUUUUCUAAAAUUACAAUAAUGUUGGUAGCUUUGUUUGAAUGGAUUACAUAGUUUGAUGCAUUAAACGAUUUCUUCUCAAGAAAGUUGAGAAAGUGAGAAGUUUGUCCAUAA